GUGGAUGUUUGUUCAUGGUCGCUCCUACAAAAAUGAGAUGAAGAAGGCUAGGUGGUUGAACAUCUUCCGCCAGAAUCUUCAGUUCAUUGAGUCAUUCAACGCCGGGAACCAUUCUCACUCUGUAGGACUUUACCAGUUUUCAGACUUGACUCCAGAAGAAUUUUCAGAAAUGGUACAAUGCAGGGGUGAAAUAAUACUCGGGCCGGUGCUUUCAAAAUCAGGACCGUUUGAUCCUUCUCAGUAUUAGACUAUGUGCCUUGUUGCUCCAUACAGACCUGAAACUGAACUAUUUUGAAUGGCGAGAGGAGCAGUUACUGAAGUCACGAACCAACGAGAGUGUGAGCCACACAAACAAGCUUUGACAAGGAUUUUUGAAGAUUCUCAAGAUGGUGACUACACAAAAUACGGAUGAGCGGAGGAGGAUAAAUGGUCCUUCUUCCCCGUAUUAUUUGCAUACUUCUGAGAUACCCGAAGGGAACAUCUGCGGUGUCGUGCUUCGUGGUGAACAAAAUUUUCGUGAAUGGUUCGUAGCCAUGCGGAAUGCGUUUCGGGCAAAACAAAAGCAGGAAUUCCUUGAUGGAUCGAUUAAGAUCCCAAAAGACAAAAAUGUGAUCGAAGACUGAUACACCAUGAACUCUAUGGCGGUGGGAUGGAUUAUCACGUCAAUUGAUCCUAAGGUUAGGCCGACAAUCACUUACAUGGAUUCUGUCCAUGAACUAUGGAAGGAUUUGGAGUUGCGCUUUCAAGCCAGAGAUGUCAUGCGUUUUCAUGAUCGAAUUAAAAUAGGCUUUGCAGAAUUAUAAACAAGGUGGAGAAAGUGUGACAACGUAUUUUGGGCAACUCAAAUAAAUUUGGGAUGGCUAUGAUGGUUAUAGAAAAAUACCAAAGUGCAAAUGUGGAGGUUGUACAUAUAAUAUUGAAAAGGAAUUUCUAGAGAGUGGAAAAGGAAAAGGUGCAUGAGUUUUUUAUGGGACUUGAUGGAGAAACUUACGGAGGUUUGAGAUCUAAUAUCCUAAGUAUGGAUGAUCUCCCUAGUCUUAGCAGAGUAUACAACGUGCUCUUGCAAGAAGAAAGGCACCAGAAAGUGACAAGGAAUCAAGAUGCUCGAGAAGUUGAUGCCUUUGCUAUGAGGCCUAGAGGACAGUGGAAUCGCGAUGCUAGAGAAGUUACUGCUGCUGCUACAAGGUCUGGAGGACAUUUGGGCUUUCAGGACAGGAAAGAUAAAGCCAAAUUAAUUUGCCCCUAUUGCAAGAAAGAAGGACAUGAGCGUGAACGCUGCUUUAAAUUAAAGGGGAGUACCCUGAAUGGUGGCAUGAGAGCAAAACUGGGUGAGGCAAAGAACGUACACGAGGCUCGGGAAAGGAGAUUAACCGCAGUCCUGGAGCACAAGCAAAUGCAGUGGCUGGACAUGGUAUGGGCACAACUAAAGAAGUGGUGGACCUUAAGGAUUUUCCUAAGGAUUUCCCUACUCUCAUGGGAAAUCAGUGAAAUUUCUUUAUGGAAUUUCUGGAAAAAAAAAUAUAACACAUGUGAAGGUGUUGAUAAAUUAGCAGGUAUGCUUGAUAUGACACAUUUAAAUUGGUUUUUUGACAUAGGAGUGUCAUAUCAUAUGACGGGAGAUAAAAAUAUAAUGAUUGAUAUAUCUUCAGUGAGCCCUAUACCUGUUACACUUCAUAACGGAAACGUUAUGUUUGCUAGUCAUGUCGGGAGAGUGGAGAUAGCAAUGGGAGUAACUCUUGAAAGAGUACUUCUUGUUCCGAACUUGACAUGUCACCUUAUUUCUAUUGGGCGCCUUAUUGAUGAUCUACCGUGUCGUGUUAUUUUUACUAACAAGUUUUGUGUGAUACAAGACCUAUCUUUGAAGACGCUGAUUGGAGUGGGUGAGCGUGGUGGUGGGAUCUAUUAUCUCUGCAGAGUUGAACCGGUUCGAGUAUCACAUGUCAAAAUGGAGAGUAAAGAGCAAUUGUGGUAUAGAAGAAUGGGUCAUCCUUCACAACGGGUGAUAAGAUUACUUUAUGUUAGUGAGAAUAAGUUGAAAAUAAUGUUAGUGUGAGUUGUGAAAUUUGUGAGAGCUAAACAGACUCAUGAAACAUUUAUUCCUAAUUUGAGUCGUGCUUUGGAUAUUUUUGAACUUAUCCUUUGUGAUGUUUGAGGACCAUACUGAGAACCUAGUGCAUGUGGUGCAUUUUAUUUUUUGACAAUUGUGAAUGAUUACUCCCAGACAAUGUGGGUUAAUCUGAUGACACGAAAAAUGGAGGUACCGAUGAUAAUGGAACGUUUUUUUGCUAUGGUCAAAAAUCAAUUUGGAACCUCUAUUAAAAUUGUAAGAGCAGAUAAUGGAACCGAGUUGUUUCCUUUAAGAACAUAUUUCUAUGACCAUGGUAUUUUAUUCCAAACGUCAUGUGUUCGGACACCCCAACAAAAUGGUCGGGUUGAAAGAAAACAACGACAUAUUUUGAAUGUGGCUCGGGCUUUGUGAUUUCAGGUGAAUCUUCCUAUUUGGUUUUGGAGAGAGUGUAUUUUGAUUGAUUGCUAUUUAAUCAACUGGACCCCAUCCUUGAUAAAUGAUGGAAAACCCCGUUUGAGCUUGUAUAUGGUAAGACAUUGUCUUAUGAUCAUAUUAAAGUUUUUGGAUAUCUAUGCUAUGUACGUUUU